AACUCUGUCACAAGUUAGGCCUAGGCUACUUUCAAAAGUGUUGCUUAUAGUGAACUGUGUUUGCACAGUAGAUUUAUUUUAAGGUUUCCUGGUAAUCCGGAUGCAAGUUGGCUAAAAUUUAGUCUGUAGUAGCCAUGCUACUCUGGUCUGUUUUUAUUCUGUGUGAGAGAGCAGUCUCCACCACAUGUCGCUGCAUCUUACAACAUGAUGUCAUCGAAAAACAAUGUAUUGGACACAUAUUAUUUUGAUGACAACUUCUGAAUUAUAUCGUCUAGGACAACAGAUUUGAGAAUGCGUAAUCUUGUAUUGUGCCGUAAUUUGGCGCAUGUUAUUACGUAGUGGCUACAUUGUUAGCCAACAACGUUCUGAAUGACUGAAGUUCUAAUGUACUUGAACAAAAAUGGAAUACUGGCUAGUUUUCUUUACGACCGGGGACGGAAAGUCAACGUUUAAACGUAUGCUCUGAAAUAAGAAUUUGUUGAUUUUGGAUCCGCUCAUGAUGGAGUGGAGUAUGGAGGCGGCGACAACGUUCGAGGAGCUGGCCGAUUUGGAGAUGCGGCUGCUCCAGGACGGCUUGCGCCCCAACGCUGAGCCUGUGGAGCGGCUGCUCCACCUGUGGAGGCUCUGCCUGCGUACCGAGGGCAGCAUGAAUGCCGCCAGGCUGGAGGUGAAGGCGCUGCAGGAGGCCCACGACAGAGAAAAUAUGGAGGUGCAAAAGAAGCUAGACCAAGUCCGGGUUCUGAUCGCCAAGCAAAACUCAUUUAAUGUCAAGCUUGAGGAAGAAAACCAGCAACUGCAUGCUCAGUUGAAGCAACUGCACCUCGAUAAAGAGGCUGAGAAGAUGGAGGUGGCCGAGCUGCUUGACCAGGGGGGCCUGUGCGAGAUCAUCUUGUCCAGCCCCAGCGAGCAGGUGGCUUACCUGCUGGUCGAGAGGGCCUCUCUCCUGGAGAGAUUGCAGGCUCUGGAUGUGGAGAAAUCCCCAUCACUCAUGGCCGCUGAUCCUGCAGCUGUCUUCAAAGAUGGCAUGGAUAAGUCCUCUGGUGUUGAGCCCUCGGAGGAUUGUGGUGCUGAGCGGCUGAACCUGGAGAGAGACCUGGAUGAGGCCUCCCGCCGCCUGUCCAUGGCUCACAAGGAGAUCCGUCGGCUGACGGAUGAGCUGGAGUCUGCGCACAUGACCCAGAAAGCCUAUGAGACAAAGCUACAAGAAGUUGAAUUUCUCAAGCAGGAAGUGGAAAGGCUGAGACUCUAUGAUGUUUCCGAGCUCCAGAAAGCCAGAGAGCUAAAUGAGCGCCUGGACAACGAGAUGAGGAUUCUGAGAGAACAAGUGCGCUCCGUGGACAAUGAGCGCAUGCUUCUCCUUGCCUUGCUUGAUAAAAAAAUGAUGGAAGGAGCUGAAGCUGAGGAUGAGGAGCAUCCUCUGAUAUCACUGCCUAAAGUAGAAAAGGUGGAGAUUAGCGUACAGGCCGUAGAUGAUGAUAUGGAGAGUGUGCAUGAGAGGUGCCUUAAGGACCUGAAGGAGAAGGAUGUUGAGCUGCGCAGGCUGCAGACAUGCACCCAGCAGCUGCAGAAGGAGCUCAGUCAGCUGCAGCUCCAGAGAGACCAGGCACAGCAGCUUCUGGGAGAGCAGGAGCAAAACCAUAGGAGUACUGUGGAGGACCUCAAGAAGGAGCUGGAGUUUCUGGAGUCAAUGGUGAAACACGCACAGGUUGAAAACCAGAACCCCCUUAUUGAUGACUACAAGGUCCUAACCAAGGCGGAGAGUGUGCUCCAGCAAAAAGAUGAGCAGUGCGCAGAGAUGUUGGAGAUCCUCCACCACAACAUGGCCUUAUUGAACACUGCAGAGGCGGACGUGCUAUCAGGGAAAGAGAAGAUCACUGAGCUAGAGAAACUUAAUGCUGAGCUGGACCACAAGAACCAGCAGGUGCUUGCUGAGCUGCAGGAGGCCUUGGCCAGAGUGUCCGAGCUGGAAAGGAACUGUGAGUCUAAGUCUGCCGAGCUUCAGAAGCUUCUGGAGAAGAGCAGGGAGCUUCAGCUCCACCUGGAUACAGAGCAGAACAUGCACCACCAGAGCCAGCAGGACCAGGAGAGUCUGCUCCAGCAGAAAGCUGAGGAGUGUGCAGAGAUGAGAGGGACUCUGGAGAACAUCAGUGGCCUCUUGCACACUGCAGAGACAGAAGUGCUCUCAGAGAAAGAGAAGAUCACUGAGCUGGAGAAACUCAAUGCUGAGCUGGACCACAAGAACCAGCAGGUGUUUGCUGAACUGCAGGAGGCUUUAGCCAGAGUGUACAAGCUGGAAAAUAAUCGUGAGUCUCAGUCUGCAGAGCUUCAGAAGAUUCAGGAGAAGAGCAGAGAGCUUCAGCACCACCUAGAUACAAAGCAGAACAUGCACCACCAGGGCCAGCAGGAGCUUGAUGAGCUGCACAUGGAGUUGAAGUUGGAGAAGGAUCGUGUCUUUGCCAAGGAGAAAGAGUUGCAGGAGCUGCAGAAGCAGCUACAACAGACUACCAUUGACUUUGAGAAACUCCAGAAGGAUGCCAAGGGCUGGUCUGAUGCCCUCCACAAUCAACAGGGCGAGGUGGAUGAUUUCAUGGAGCAGAGGAGACUGUGGCUGCAGAGGGAGGGAGAGCUUCAGCAGGCGGUGGAGACCCUGGGCAAGCUAGAGGACACCCAUAACAAAUCUGCUGAGCAGUUACUGGAACUCCAGGGAGAGGUGAGGAACCUGGCACUUGAGCUUGAGCUGGUGAGAGCUGAGAACGAACAACUGAAAAAUGAGGCCAAGGACAUGGAUGUGGAUCUGGCAACGCUCAGGGCCCAAGCACAGGAGGCUGAGAAGCAGAGGCAAUUGUGGCUGUACUGCAAGAAGAAGAUGGAGCAGCAGAUAAAGGCCCUUCAGGACAAACAGGCCUCCAUGACCCUCUCAGAAAAGGACUUCCAGUGCCAAGUGCUGGACCUCAAGGCCAAGCUGGCAGCCACGCAGAUGAAUGAGCAAACAACCAAAUUGGAACUGCAGAGCUACCUUGGGGAACACGACCAGUUGCUCGCUAGUCAAAAUGAGGUGUUGGUCCUGAAGGAGGAACUUAAAAAACUCUUGGAUGAAAAGGCUAAAGUACUGAACAAGUACAAUGAGAAAAAAGAACACUUCAUGGACAAAUUUUGCGCCGCCAAAUUAUUUUACACAAAAGAGAUGCUUUGGCGUGAUGAUAAGAUCCAAGAGCUUCAGAGGAAUUGUGAUUUCCUUACAAAACAAGUGGGCAAGGUGAAAGAGACGACAAUGAAAAUGGACGAGGUAAACAGCAAGCUGUUGAAGGAGAACCAUGAGUUUCAGUGUGAACUUCUCAAGGAGAAGGAAGACCAAAAUGAGACCCUUAACAUCCUCAAGAAAUACAAACUCAGGAUUGAGCAUCUGGAGAAGAUGAAUAAGAUGAUGGAAAAUGAGCAAUUAUGGAACCAUAGUCAGAUAACCAGAUAUCCUUUUCCACACGCUGCUCUGGGGAAGUCACCAUCUGCUACCAACCAAAGUGCUUUGCCCGGGGGUGACACCAAGCGUGACCUGCUCGACAUGAUCCAGAACACACAAACAACCAUUCAGUCGGAGUACCAGGAUGUGAGUCCAGCACAGUCCCUGACGCACAGACACACCUAUGAGAUUGGCUACUUGAACCUCACUCCUCCCUUCAGUCCGCCCAGGAGGCAGAUGCAGGCUGAGUCGAGCAGAGUAGGCAGUGAGGAGGUCCCACAGGCAGACAGAAGGUCCUGCCUCACUGAGCGCUUCCUGUAAUGCGCCGCUGCUAUCUGCAAUAGGAAGUAUUACCAUUUGUACCCUUGGUAUCAUCGGGACUAAAGACUGCUACCUAUUUUUUUUUAUUUUUUUUUAAAAGCAGAUUCUGUUUUCAAUAAAGUGUCAUUGCAUUCAG